ACUCUCCUUCCCCCACUGCUGCAAGAACGCUGACGCUGGUCGCCAAGUCUGUGCAGAAUUUAGCAAACCUGGUUGAAUUUGGAGCUAAGGAGCCAUAUAUGGAAGGGGUAAAUCCAUUCAUCAAGAGCAACAAACAUCGCAUGAUCAUGUUCUUGGAUGAACUUGGGAACGUUCCUGAGCUUCCAGACACUACAGAGCACUCUAGAACCGACCUAUCUCGUGAUCUGGCGGCCUUGCAUGAGAUAUGUGUGGCACACUCAGAUGAACUCCGGACGCUCAGUAAUGAGCGAGGUGUCAUGCAGCAUGUUCUUAAGAAGCUUUUGGCUAUUACUGAACUGCUUCAACAAAAACAAAAUCAGUAUUCAGUGUCUAAUAACACCAGGUAGCAGCCCUCUACCUGAAUUCUGCAUGGAUCCAGCAUGCCCAACAUGGCGACUCACACCAGUAUCACUUUCUUCUUGCUCUUGCCAAAAACAGCACGCCCUGUCACAUUCCCAGUGAUGUGUGAACUAUGCAAAAAGAAAACAAAGAUCCUGUUGGUGAACGAUUGUCCCAGCAGCUUUUUAAGCUAUCUGUGCAGGACAUUUGCACUUUUUUCCAUUUGGAAACAGUUUUCACAACCUCUGAGCCUUGGUGUACAGUUCACCUUCUGCAAAGAAAAUGCUGUGACUGUGUCUUGAACUUUGAAAAUUAUUUUCAGCACCUCUGAUUGCCAAAGUUUUGCUGUCUUGUUGGAAAAGAAUUAUCAACUGACAUGAAAAGAAAUGUGUCGUUUUGACAGCUACAUAUAACUGGAUAACAUUUCUUACCGUAAUUUCUGACUGGUUACAAUAAUUACGACUUUUGACUGUUUCAACCACUUUAACUUGUAUUUACAGUUUCCAGAAUUCGAUGUUAUGGUAGGAACAAUCUUUACUGUACACUUUUUUAUACCAUGCUGUUUCUCUUGCUGGAAUCAUGUUGAAAGAGAAUAUGCAGAAUGGGUCUUGUCAGCUUUAUUUUCUGAUGUGCCACUGAUUCAGUCUGAAUAGUUCUUCCAUC